GUCUCUCUUUGGAUUGACGGCGACAGAACCGGAUUGCAAGGGCUUUUCUACACGACCGACUCGUAUGUUAGACCUGUGUGCUGUCUUGACCUUGGGUUGCGAGAGACCCUGAGCGCGGACACGAGAGCAACUUUUCAAAGGCUGCAGGGUUUCCUUUUUUAUUUUUGGGCUUGGUUGCUGAGAGUCUCUUCGUCUGCUUUAUCAAACAUGCAGUUCUUUCUAUACCACUUUUUUUGUGGCGUCGUAUCAUUUUUCGGUACGAUAAUUUUUUCGUGACCUCGUCUUUACGUCGUUUUCGGAGCGCAACCUGUGAGAGCGUAAGGGUAGAUGGGGAAUGAACCGCUGAAGGGGGCGGCUCCUGGGGGUAGGACCAUGUAGCAGAGUAGCCACCUCGUGGGAGUGGCGAUCUCCUCCCAAUGGUGGUGUCGGUCGGUCGCAUAUUGUACGACCUCCAUGCGGAUCUCCGUGGUCUGAAAGCCGAACUUGAGAACUCGGCCGGAGAUGGAAGCCAGACGGGGGUUCUACGGGAGCGGCUCGAGUCCGCAGAAAAGAACUUGCGCAGCAAAGCAGCCGAGGUACGACUUACGCUACUUGAAAAGCAAUUAUAGAUUUGUCCGCUCGCUUUCACGAAGUACAUAAGAACCAAUCCACGCGGCGUGCGCCGCGUGGGAAAAAGUAUAUACAUCAUGCAGGUUCGAUGCAAUUGCUUUCAAAUCAAAGCGCAUGGCUCGCAACCCUCUGAUAGAAUUUUUCACGAAGUACAUAAACGUAGGAAAAGGAGCAAGAACCCAAGCUGCUGCGCUCUCACUUGAAACGAACUUGCAACAACUAUAUCCAAUCCGUCGUUUCAAUCUGAGUUUAUGAUUCGAGGAGAUCAUGUGCUGUACCACAACAGAUCCUGGCCUAUCAAGCUCAACUGGAGCAGCAGGAGGAGGCGAAGCGAAAGUCCUCGACCUUUGGCCGGCGACCAUCGCGAACGACAAGGACAGGCGUCGUGCCUCCGCUGCUCAGUACGCCACAAGAGGUGGCCGGCGGAUCCUCGUCCUCCACCGCCCGACCCCGGUCGCGGUCAUCCGUUCACCGCGGGAAGACUGCCGCGUCCAAGAGGUGUUUCUUUGAAGAUCCAAGAUUUUGGAGAUAUUAAUUUAUUCAGUCCUUCAUUUUGAUUUUCAUCAUGCUCUCAUCUGUAAUAGAUGCAGCCCAUUCCCAUACUUUUAGUAGUGUGCGGCUUCGGGUUUCUUCUCCUUCUACAGUGGAUUGGGGCGAAGAUGUGGAGCAAAUUCUGUGUGCAUCUUGUUCGACCAAAAAUUAUACGUUAUUUUGGAUAGCUAGGCGUGUCACAUUCUGAUUCAUCAGGAUCCUUCCGCGAAUCAAUCGAAAGGACCCCGGCGCAGAGCCCCCAGAACUCACGGAGCGAGAUUUAGAAUGCGGGCUUUAUUCGUUGCGAAAUCGCGGAUUCUUGCCCGCGUCGGUGGAUCUCACGCCCGGUUUGCAGGAAGUGGUGAAGCAAAAGCGAUCGCGCAUGUACGCUCCGCACGACCGGCUGGCGCAGAAAGGAGCAACUGCGGUGAACCUACCCACGGCCAUGGUCAAACUGGACCACACGCCAGUGGUACCCUGCCCCGUCAAGCCGCCAUCGCGGGGGAAUAGCAGGAGUGCAAUCGCAGGACAGCGCAGCUACAUCAACAGUCAUGGUAAAAAGUACUUGUAGCUCGCUAGAGACAUUUAUAAUUAUCUGCAUCUUUUUCGCCCGGGAAUAAAAGUCACGCACUUCGCUGCCGCCUGUUAGGUAUCGCGUCGACAAAAGCGAGUGAAAAAUCAAUCAGGCGAGUGUGAUGUGCUUGUGCCGCUCACGGACUUGUUGCCCAGAAUACCUCGUAGUGCCCCAAGUCCUGCGCCACCGAUUAUGUCCGAGGAGGAAAAGGCGAGCCUCAACCACGCUAUUGUCUUGCGGAGCCCCAGCCCCGAUGAGACGCGGCUUUUCAGAGACGAAAGUAUAGAGGCAAUGGCGCGGUUGCAAGGGAAAGGAGGUUUUAAGAAUUCUUUGCGAGGAGCUACACAUGCUUUGUUCUUUUGCAUACGUGCUGUCGGUCUUUCGUUCAUGCUAAAAACUGCGCGAUAAGUAGAUCACGAGAAUGUUGUUCGGACGGCCUUUUGCAGAUGGAUACAUGAAACUGUACACACAUCAGGUGGCCCCGGAGCUGGUGCAGCCUCGUCUGGUGGGAUGGACCACGACCCGGGAGACUUCACCUUCAUAACCGGGGAGGAGGGCAUGUUUUCCGGCUCGUCGUCCACGGGACAACAGCGGGCAGCUCCUGCCGCAAGUACGUCGAGCAGCAGUCACAUGAGCCACGACGCAGUGAAGAAGGAGGUGAUUGCGUCGGAGACCGAGGUAUGCAUUGCAAAUAUGUCUGGGUCUGGAAGGACGCGAACUUGUCAUGCUAAGUCUGGAUCGUACAAAAACUUGUGUUGCGUGAUUACCAAAAGCUGUCCACUUUUGAACAAGUUUAGAGGCAGUUUGUCAUGCAGGAUAGGCAUGGCAGAGACUUCGCAAAACCUGUCAUGCUAGGUCCUGCAUUCCAGACCUCAUGGGGCAUGGAAAAUAUGCAUGAGAAAUUUAGCAUUCUCCCAGACCCAGACAUAUUUGCAUUUGAUACGAGGACCGUCUGGUGAAGGAGGUGUUCCACAUCGAUCGCAACUCGCAGGACCUGUUGUCGAAGGAGCUUUUCACCGUGGACAAGAGGAAGGACCGCCUGCUCCAGCGCGAGAUCUUCAGCAUCGACAAGCAGGCCAACCGGAUUGCCAAGGAAAUCUACUACUACGUAGAGACCAGCGGCGGCACGACCACGGACCCGGCCGACGUGGCGGUGUGGGAGGAGCUGCUGAGUGCGGACCUGCUCCAGCGACUGACGGCAUCGUCCGCCAAGGAGGAGGAGCGCAGCCUGGAGAUGGACGAGAUCCACCAGCCGCAGCCGCCGCCGCUGGUGUUUCCGCUGGUGAGCAACAACUUGCUGGUGUUGAAGGAGGCGUACACAAUCGAACGGUCCUCGAACACCAUCAUCGCGCGCGAGACGUUAGCCGUCGACCCCUGGGUAAGGCGGGUCUUGUGGUCCUCCAAGAAGAACGUGGAGGACGAGAAGAGCCACUCCUUCGCUGAGGACGACGACGCGCCGUCGGCCGAAUACUCGGUGAGCUACUUCCGCACCCAGGUGCUCGGCAACUUCAAUCCCGUGGAGCACCCCGCCGCGUUUUCCCGCCUACAGAUACACGCGUCGACCAGUGCGGCGCAGCUGCCGCGAGCGCUCGAGAACAUCCCCGAAGACCAGACGCUCGACAACAAGAGUCCGAAACCCACCGGUGAGCAACCCAAGCAAAGGAUCUUGUAUUACGAGAACGAACAGGGCGGGGGCGUCCUCGGAAGUGCGGCCGCAGAUCAUCCUGGAGAAAGGACCAGCACGUCCCACGCAGGACCAACAGCCGGUUCAGAUGGAGCGUCCGCUCCGUCGGUUCUGCAAUCCUAUCUUUCGGUGCAUGCCUCACGCAGUGGUCAAGGAGGCGCCGAUCUCGCUGCCGACCCCCACGGCAUCCCGCAUGGGCGACCGCCCGAAGGACAGAACGCGCCCAGUUCAUCUUCGACGGCACUGGUUCCGCUGGACGCCGACGCGCCAAGACCCAACACGUCGUUUGGAGUGGCCGGGGAGGCGAGGAAAGGCCGACACCGCAAGCACGGCACGUCCUCCAGUAGUAGUAGGCGAGACCUGCUGCGGCAGGAACAGGACGAUCCUUUGCAGCACGAGGCGGAAGACCUCGCGCGCCGCGAAAUUCUGGCGCGCUACGGACUGCACCACGUGCCCUCCCGGGAGGAGAUCGAGGGAUACGUGUGCAUCCGAUACGGCAACAUUUUCCAGAACCUCGCCGACCUGAAGGAGAAUCAGCGCAACAACUGGCCGCAGCUGCUGGACGUGUUUACGCUGCUGUGCCGAAAGUUGAAGAAAGCGCCCCUGGCGAUCAUCGACGUUAGUAAGAUGAUCGACGUGAUUUUCGCCCUCGGGAACCGCGACCGCCGCAACUUCUCGGAGGCGCAAAUUGUGGGCACGUGCGUGAAGAACCUGGAGGAGCUGCCGUUCCUCGAGCACGAAAUACCGGGUUUGCGGUUUCGGGGGCCUCUGCGACGCGAGCUCGCGGCGGAGUGCAUCUGGGGCGGGUGGCAGAUGUUUCAGUGCAAACUGAAAAUGGCGCUGCUUCUGAAGUUCCACCGGGCCGCGAAAACGAUCCAGGUUGCCUGGGUGAGCUGCCAGAACCUCGUGGAAACCAAGAAGGCGAUUAAUUUGGUGCGCGAGGAGGAGGUAAAGCGGUUCACGCGGCUGCGGUCGAAGUUCAGCAGUUCUGCGCAGGCCGCCCGCACGGUCCGACGGCUCGAGAUCCACCUGUUGUCCCUCUCGGUGCCGGAGUUUCGGCGCGCGUGUAUUCACUCGUUUCCCAGCGUGCAGAACGCACAAAUCUCGCGGCUGUUUCGGUUGGGGUACUGCGGCCCAAAAAAUGACGAGCCGCCACCGGACGUGGUGUUGGUGUGCUCCAAGCCGCUGCACGAGGACCUGUUGGAGUACAUGGCGAAGGUCAUGGAGUACCGCGGCAUCCAGAAUCCGCAAGGCCGUCUGCAAAUUUUGGUGCCGGAAAAGCUCGACAGCCCCGCGAUCCCCGCCCACAUGACGCUCGCGCACUGCUUGCUGCUCUCCCGCAGAGCGAUGAACCGAUUGCGCGGUAACGACUCAACUGUUGGCCUGUUAAAAAUGUCGCUGAUCAUCGAUUUGGCUCUAGUUUUACGUAGAAGAAUUAUUAUUUCUUGCAAUUUGUGAGUAUCUAUAUGAUCAUGAGAAAAAGAGGAUUCCGACGAACAAAAAAAAAAAGUUCUCAUCCGCGGACGGGAGGAGCGCAGCGUUCUCAUCCCGGGACACGGCGUCACGUUCGCCGAGUUGCAGUUGUCCGCACAGCUCAACGUUCCCCUGUAUGGUGCAAACCCGAAAAACGUGGACUAUCUCGGAACAAAGAGCGCCAUGCAGCGCCUGGUGACUCUGGCGCAGGUACCGCACCCGCCAACCAGCGUAGACCUCUACGACGAGGAAGAGCUGUACCAUCAGUUUGGCGUCCAGCUUUACGAGCACCCGACCGUGCCAAAAUGGAUUUUUAAGAUUGACGACGAGUUCCGCGGCAAGGGAUCCGCCAUCUUCCAUGUGGACACAAACGUGCGCAAGAGCAUUGCCGAACUGCAACAUCGGGCCAUGGAAAGCUUCCUGCACUCGGCAACCGCAGAAGGUGUUGAUUGGACGAAGUUUUAUUUCGCGGAACAUUGAUUUUUCUGUCAGUCGGAAUCGAUAUCAUUUGUACUAUCGAUCUAUCUCACCAGGUAAAAGAACGAGUGACGUGACCGUUGACCGUGUGGCGGGCUUGUAUCGUGUGAGCAGCGCCGGGCCAGUUAGUACCGAGUUACGGGAUCUUCUAAUCCGAAUGGCCCGCGACGUGGUUGCGCGUGCGUUUCCCAAGAAAGCUCUGCUUUGCGGCGGUGGUCGCAUGUACCCCAGCGAGCUGGCUGAUUUCAUCCCAGAAUUCUGCAAGCGGGGCGGCAUAAUACAGGCAGUUCCCGGCGAGGUGCUCAGCUUUCCCACCGUGCAUUUUCAGGUGUUACCGGAAAAGCGCACCCAGCUGCUCGCGACCUCGGAAUACAUUUUCAGCUCGAACUUCGAGCCAGUCGCGUGCCUCCUGCCACUGCAAAGUCCCGAUCAGGUGCCGCUCCCCGUCUGUGAGGCCUUCGCACAGAGCACAGGUACCUACUUGCUAAGCGACAGACUCCAAGAAACCUCUUGUUUUUCAUCUUUCAAUCGCGUGACCCUUUGAUGCGCGAGCUACUUUGAUUUCGCCGGUGAUAAACGGAAGCUGUUCACAACAUUAACAUGGUCGUUGUCACCAGGUCGUGUUUUAGCCGCGAAGGACAUGCUUGGUCACGCCUCGGUGGAUCUGGUAUGCUUCGAGAACAAGGACUUCGAGCCCGAAGAGCGAAGGCCACUUGACCCCGGUCAAACGGGGGAGUUUCUGGCGCCAUUCAAAUCGCCGGAACCCCCGGGAACCCCCUUCGAUCCAGAGGCCGCCGUGCAGGCGCGCAAGCUGUUGCAAGAAAAAACCGAAGAUGAGUUUCGGGAGAAUGUCGUGCUUCCGUGCACCGUUGCAGGGUAAUAUACAGAAAUAACAGCCUGGCUUGGACUUGAUCCUUUGGUCGUGAUGUCCGUCUUGUUUUGUUGUCUUUCGUUUUCAAGUGCUCAUCUCCACCUAAACGAGCUGUAGCUUUACUAGAAAUAUCGUUGGUCAACCAACAGGAUGCGCAACGUGUGUUUUCCGUACCGGUUCUGGGUUGUGGAUGUGGACGUCAGGAUCACGGACGCUGCUUCCGCUUUUGCCGCGCUGCAGUUCAUUGGGCAGUGUCAGCUGGGCGACGACGGACGCCUGUACCUGGCGCCGCACGCCCCAGGCUACCACAAAACCGACCACGCCGCGAAUGAGCGAGUGGCGCUGGUCGUGCUCACGUGCGAGGUGCCGGGCUUGGAUCGCUGCACGCACUCGCAGAUCUUCAGCUUCUGCAAGGCGCGCAAGGUGACCUAUGAUUUGUUCCAGAACACCGGGGUGCUGUUCCUGCAGCUCGAUUUGGUGCACGAAACCGUCUAUCCAGGAAAAAAACUGUGUAAGUGUAACUUUGUAGGAAAAACAGAAUCACAAAUCCGUUUUGCAUUACAGGCAAAACCUGUCAUGCGCAGCUAGUACGUGAAAACACGUAUGAAAGUAGCCUAUGACGCAGAUCCAGCAUGACAAGUGUAAUAGUUUUCCACUUUCUGCAUCACAGAGUUACACUCACACAGUUUUUUUCUUGCAUACCGUCAGUCUGCUGGUCAUCGAUCGCAACCGCCGGCUGUUGAUGGAAAAGGCACAGAAUGCCAUGCAGGUCCUGCAGGCUAUCAAAAGUAAAAAUGUCUGGGUCUGGAAACUUGUGAUGCUGGGUGGCGUCUCAUGAUGAGGCUACAGAUGCUGGCUCAGCAUGACAAGUUUCUGAGCUCCUAGGUGUUGCCUAUUCUGCAUGACAAACUGCGCUUCUGCAUCAUAGAAAAACGGAGCUCUUGGGUAACGUGCAUGACAGAUUUCAGAGUCAUGCCAGACAAGCAUGACAAACAUGAAUUCUUCCAGACCCAGACACUUUUACAGUUGAUACAGGCGGUCACCAUGCAGCACGCGCCCGGCGGCACAAAGCAGCGCGCACCACUGUUAACCGGGGAGGACCGACGCGGGCAGGAUGUUGUCCCGCACCUGCGGGAUGUGCUGGCUGCGUUUCACAGCUACCGACGCAAGUGGGGGCUGCUCAAUGCCUGA